CAAACAGCGUUAGGUCAUUGCUUCUGCAAACACGGCCAGGGCUGCUCCUCUAUAAAAGGGGAAGAAAGAGGCUCCAGAGCCAUCACAGACCCAGAGGGGACGGUCUGUGACCAACAGCGCUGCUCCCCCUCCUCAACACCCAGCUCCCUGCCCCAGCAUGAAGCUCAUCCUCUGCACCGUGCUGUCCCUGGGGAUAGUGGCUGUGUGUUUCGCUGCUCCCCCCAAGACAACCAUCAGAUGGUGCACCAUAUCCUCUCUGGAAGAGAAGAAAUGCAACAACCUCAAGGACCUCACACAACAAGAGAGGAUUACAUUGACCUGUGUGCAGAAAGCAACGUACCUUGACUGCAUAAAAGCCAUUGCGAAUAAUGAGGCAGAUGCCAUUAGCUUGGACGGCGGUCAAGUGUUUGAGGCAGGCCUUGCCCCAUACAAGCUGAAACCCAUUGCUGCUGAGGUUUACGAACACACUGAAGGCUCCACAACCAGCUACUAUGCUGUGGCUGUUGUGAAAAAGGGAACCGAAUUCACCGUGAAUGACUUGCAGGGCAAGACCUCCUGCCACACAGGGCUGGGCAGGUCUGCAGGCUGGAACAUCCCCAUCGGGACGCUCAUCCGCCGGGGGGCCAUUGAGUGGGAAGGCAUAGACUCAGGCUCAGUGGAGCAAGCGGUGGCCAAGUUUUUCUCUGCCAGCUGCGUGCCCGGUGCCACCACCGAGCAAAAACUGUGCCGACAGUGCAAAGGGGACCCCAAAACCAAGUGUGCCCGCAAUGCACCUUAUUCUGGAUAUUCUGGAGCUUUCCAUUGUCUGAAAGAUGGAAAAGGAGACGUAGCUUUUGUGAAGCACACAACUGUUGAAGAAAACGCCCCGGAUCAGAAGGAUGAGUACGAGCUGCUGUGCCUGGAUGGCAGCCGGCAGCCUGUGGACAGCUACAAGACCUGUAACUGGGCCAGAGUGGCUGCUCAUGCUGUUGUGGCUCGGGAUGACAGCAAGGUUGAAGAUAUCUGGAACUUCCUCUCAAAAGCACAGACCGACUUUGGCGUGGACACCAAGAGUGACUUCCACCUCUUUGGCCCACCUGGAAAGAAGGACCCAGUCUUCAAAGACUUGCUUUUCAAAGACUCUGCCAUAAUGCUGAAGCGUGUCCCCUCGCUGAUGGAUUCUCAGCUCUACCUGGGCUUUGAGUACUACACUGCCAUCCAGAGCAUGCGGAAAGAUCAGCUGACUCCCAGCCCCAGAGAAAACAGGAUCCAGUGGUGUGCAGUAGGCAAGGAUGAGAAGAGCAAGUGUGACCGCUGGAGUGUGGUGAGCAACGGGGAUGUGGAAUGCACCGUGGUAGAUGAGACAAAGGACUGCAUCAUUAAGAUCAUGAAAGGUGAAGCAGAUGCUGUUACCCUUGAUGGAGGUCUGGUCUACACUGCUGGUGUCUGUGGCCUGGUGCCAGUGAUGUCAGAACGAUACGACGAUGGAAGCCAAUGUGGCAGAGCAGAAGUACAACCAGCAUCAUACUUUGCUGUGGCUGUCGUGAAGAAAGGCAGCGAUGUCAACUGGAACAAUCUGAAGGGCAAGAAGUCGUGCCACACUGCUGUGGGGAGGACUGCUGGCUGGAACAUCCCCAUGGGCUUGAUUCACAACAGAACAGGGAGCUGCAAUUUCGAUGAAUACUUCAGCGCGGGCUGUGCUCCUGGGUCUCCUCCUGGCUCUCGCCUCUGCCAGCUGUGCCAGGGCUCUGGGGAAAUCCCACCGGAGAACUGCGUUGCUAACAGCCACGAGAAAUACUUUGGAUACACUGGAGCUUUACGGUGUCUGGUUGAGAGGGGUGACGUGGCCUUUAUCAAGCAUUCCAUUGUGGAGGAAAACACUGGCGGCAAAAACAAAGCUGAGUGGGCCAAGGAUCUGCAAAUGGACGACUUUGAGUUGCUGUGCACUGAUGGGAGACGGGCAAAUGUUAUGGAUUACAGGCAGUGCAACCUGGCUGAAGUUCCUACCCAUGCUGUGGUCGUGCGCCCAGAGAAAGCAAACAAAAUCAGUGAGCUGAUGGAGAGACAGCAGGAACGGUUUGGAAUAAGUGGAAGUGAGAGAAGCAAGUUUGUGAUGUUUGAGUCUCAAACCAAAGAUCUUCUGUUUAAAGACUUAACCAAGUGCCUGAAUAAACUCCGCCAAGGAAUUACAUACAAGGAGUUCCUCGGAGAUAAAUACUAUAACACGAUUUCCAGCCUCAAUACCUGCAACCCAUCAGAUCUCCUCCAGGUGUGCACCUUCCUUCAGAACAACCGUGCCGUGCCCACCGCCCUGUGCUGCAGAACCUCUCCCUGCCCCCAGCCGCCCCUCCCCAACGCAGCUCCGUGCCCAUCGGCUCCCUGUGAGGGCUCUGCUCAGCUCCCGCGCUCAGGGCCGAACAAACCGAGGGCCUACAACAAACGCUGGGUGCUUUUGGACCCUCCUUCCCAUCCUUGCCCCUUUUCCCGACGGACUACAACUCCCAGCAGACCCCGCGGCACAGCGACACGGGGAGAGACCGGAAGUGCCGUGACGGAACCGGAAGUGAUCCGGCGCGGCCGGAAGCGGCGCAGUGAGGACGUGUGCGUGCGGGCGGUGAUGGCGGGUGCCAUGGAGCCGUAUCUGGACUCGCUGCGGCGGGAACUGCAGUCGCCCGGCCCUGCCGCUCUCUCCGUCCUUCUGGCGCUGUUCGUCGUCGCCCUCACGCUCCUGCUCUGGAGGCUCGCGCAGGGCGCAAGGAGCAGCCGCAGGGCCGUGCUGCUGCUGGGCCUCUGCGACGCGGGGAAGACGCUGCUGUUCGCCCGGCUGUUGACAGGCAAAUACCGAGAUACGCAGACCUCCAUAACCGACAGCUCUGCCGUUUACAGAGUGAGCAACGACAAGAGCACUAAUGUGACUUUAAUAGAUCUCCCGGGCCACGAAAGCUUGCGGCUUCAAUUCUUGGAGAGGUUCAAGGCUGCAGCCAGGGCCAUUGUGUUUGUGGUUGACAGCGUAGCCUUCCAGCGGGAGGUGAAGGAUGUGGCUGAGUUCCUGUACCAGGUCCUGGUUGACAGCACUGUUCUCAAAAAUGCACCUGCACUGCUGAUUGCUUGCAAUAAACAAGAUGUCACAAUGGCAAAAUCUGCAAAACUGAUUCAACAGCAGCUGGAGAAAGAGCUUAACACCUUACGAGUGACCCGCUCUGCAGCCCCCACCAGUCUGGAUGCCUCAGCCACUGGGGGCCCUGCUCAGCUGGGGAAGAAGGGCAAGGACUUUGACUUCUCUCAGCUGCCCAUGAAGGUGGAGUUUGUGGAGUGCAGUGCUCGUGGCAGCAAGGGAGAGGAGGGAGAUGCUGACUUUGAGGGCCUUGAGAAAUGGCUGGCUAAGAUUGCCUGAACAGAGGAGGGCAGGAUGAGAGGGAGAGACCUGAGGAGGUGGGGGACAUGUUUGGGGUGUGAAAGAAAAUAGAUGGCUUGAAGUACUCGGAUCUUACCAAAGGAGAAGCUGAAAGCUGGAAAAGCAUUGCGUUGUCUUCCUCUGCUUGGGAGCAUAUAACAAUUACUGGUGUGACUUCCUCUGUCUCUGUCACACUACCACAAUUUUUUCCUCUCUCCUCACUUUUUAUCCUCUGUUGCUGACCCUGCUGUGGCUUCUGUGUUUCCUUGAAAUCUUUUGCAUUUUCAUCAUCCAGCUGCCAGGCAACUUAGGAAGGAACACACUGGCAGGUGAGUCUAGAAGCUGUAGUCUGUCCUUUUCUGCUCUGUUUUAGCAUUGCAUUGCUGUUGCUUCGUGGGGUGACUGAUCACCUCCUGAUUUUGACUUCGUUCUGCAGCUUCUUGCUGCCUGGGAGUGCUGCCAUGACAAAGUGCACAGAUUCUCUCCAUUGGGCAGUCACUGGGGUGAAUAUAAAAAGCUGUUGUCCUCUUGUCUUUUAUCUCCUUAUUUUUCCAGACUGGUGUAGUCCAGUUUCUGUGGAUCUGGAGUGACUUGUUAAAUUUCAAAGGCAAGCUGGUUGAUCUGCCCGUGUCACUGUGCAGUGCCUGUGUUUGGCUGUGGUGCCUGUGUCUUUGGUUGAUAACUUCUGCUGGACAGUUCUUGGGAGUUUUUCUUUCUGUCAGGGCUAUGUCUUGAAAGCUUGUUGUUCUCUGUUCCUCUUCCUGUACUUCAGGCUCUUCUCCAACAGACUGUGUAAACGCACUCCCUGUGAAUGACAGUUACAGAACAGUCCUAGCUUGACUCAAUGAAAGUGGAAUAUUUUUGGAUUCAUAUGUAUGUUAGGAGUCAGAUUUGUCAUGCCAGACACUUGCUGUUAUGUCUCCUGCCUGUCUCCUCUCCAGUGUCUACAAUAAAGAGACCAUUUUGUGUUUUUCAUCAUAGCUGUUGCAGCAAAAUGAAGAGAGAAAGGUGAGCUGAUAGCACAUUAGUGUGAGCCCAAUUCUUCCUUCUGAGGAAGAUGCUCAGUGGAGAAGAAUAUGUGAUCUUUUCCCUGUUUGUUUGAGGCAAUUGAAGCCAAAGCUGCUGCUGUGUGUGAUCUCAUCAGUUGGUUUUCAGGGAAUGCCUGUUGCUGUAGCUCUUGGAGAGGCUCAGCUGGCUGCUCUGAGGCUUGGAGUGGGGUCUGACUCAGAAUGCCUUAGACCUGAACUUUCCAAAGGACUUUUGCUUUCCUUUUUCUUUGCUGCAGCCAGGAAUAUUGGUUGUGUAAAGGGAGAACUUGCAGAAGUAUCUGUAUUAGUCAGGUGGGAGAUGAGACCCUAUGCUUCACUUUUUCCUUUCUGAACAGCAGCCUUAAGACACUUAUCAGUUGCCCUGCCCAGCAGUGUGAUGCUCUGGUGGGAUGCUGGCUUCACACAUCUCUCUGAGGAGGAUUGCUCUCCAGGAUUCAGUGCUGGGAAUUGCAAGGUCCUACUGCAUUGAAGUUUUUUCUCUCGUUUUAUUGUUUCCUGUUUAGUUCUUGACAAGGAGUAAGCUUAUGGCUUGGAUAUGGAUCUUUUCUGCCCUUUGUAGGUUUCUCUCUGGUUUAGUGCUUGUUUAAUGGCUCGUCUGAUCUGUUAUGUUCUUUGUUCUUUUCCUUUCUUUCUGGGCAUCCUCUGACUCCUUUUGUAGUAUUGCCAAAUGUUAGUAUUGAUGGAAGGAAUAAAAACAGGCUUGAGCACAGACCUGUGCUCACAGUGGAGCUCUAAAAAUAAGCUGAGAGAUGUUCUGGUCCACACAGGAGGUGGGGAGGAUUAUAUUUAGGGAGUGUGUUAUAUUUUGAUAUUUGCUGCAGCCAAAGCAUUGCUGAAGUGUGUUUGUUGUGCUUCAGCUCCCUUUUCUGGAGAAUAUUGCUGUUUGCUUGAGUGGUAGUUCUGCUUGCUAAGACCUACCUUCUUUGAAAGCAGAGACCGAGCAUCGCCAUCUGGUGGGAUAAAGUAGCAUGAGGCCCCAUUUGGUUUUAAGUUAUUCUUUUUGAAAAAUAUUUCUGUAAUAAAGCAUUUGACUAAAUGUUU